UGCAGGGAAAUUUGCCUAAAUAUUCUCAUAACUCCCUGGUGGUUCAGGCAAUAAAGACAAACCUAACAGACCCAGACAUACAUGUGCUUUUCUUUGAUGUGGAAGCGUUGAUUAUUCAACUCUUGACUGAAGAAGCCUCUAGGCCAAAUACUGCGCUUAUUUCCCCAGAGAAUUUGCAAAAAGCAUCUGGCAGUUCAGACAAAGGGGGCUCUUUUCUAACUGGAAAACGAGCAGCAGUUCUCUUCCAACAAGUGAAAGAAACUAUCAAAGAGAACAUAAAGGAACAUCUCCUGGAUGAUGAAGAGGAGGACGAGGAGAUGAUGAGGCAGAGAAGAGAAGAGAGCGAUCCAGAGUAUCGGGCCAGCAAAUCUAAGCCAUUGACCCUAUUAGAAUAUAAUUUAACGAUGGACACUGCAAAAUUGUUCAUGUCAUGUCUUCAUGCCUGGGGUUUAAAUGAAGUUCUGGAUGAAGUUUGUCUUGAUCGCCUUGGAAUGCUGAAACCGCACUGCACAGUAUCUUUCGGUCUCCUAUCGAGAGGAGGUCAUAUGUCCCUGAUGCUUCCUGGUUAUAAUCAGCCUGCUCGGAAGCUGUCGCAUGGGAAAGCAGAAGUAGGAAGGAAGCUGCCAGCAACCGAGAGCGUUGGAAGGGGAACUUACGGAGUGUCCCGAGCCGUCACCACACAGCAUCUCCUGUCUAUCAUAUCUUUGGCAAAUACAUUAAUGAGUAUGACCAACGCAACUUUUAUUGGUGAUCAUAUGAAGAAGGCUCCUACCAGGCCACCUCGACCAAGCACCCCAGACCUUUCUAAGGCAAGGGGUUCCCCUCCAACUUCCAGUAAUGUUGUGCAAGGACAGAUUAAACAAG